AUGGUACGCACUCGCAAUCGCGCCGCCGCCGAGCCAUCCUCCACCGUUAACCCUCAUCGGCGCCGUUUCUCCGCUCUUCAAGCCAUCGAUUUGACCAAUGCCUCUUCCUCUUCUUCUUCUCCACCACACAUUUCUUCCCCAUCCUUGCCUUAUGAUUCAAGCUCCACAGCACCGUCCUCUCCGCCCCCAACAUCGGCCGAGCCGUUCUCCCGUUCUCUCUCUCUAUCACACGCCAUAAUGCCACCAGACGAAGCGAACUCCUCCUCUUUGCACAACCCGAGCGACGCCGCAUUUCUGUCUCCCCUACGUACCGAAUGUCCCCUUCUCUAUCUACUACCACCCGAAACGGCACCCGAACUGAUGCGACGCCAACUCCGUCGUAGAGCCACAAGGCCCUCAGCCCAACCAACGGCCUCUAAUACUGGACCUUCCUCCAAUACCACUACCGACGCAAACGAACGGCCCAUGCCUCCCGAUCCUCCACAAUGCAGGCCCCGUUUCCAACCACAAUGCCAGUCCCCCCAACCAUCUGAGGCACUCACAAGUUCUUCGCAUAACUCCGACACUAGCAUCAGCGACUAG